AUGGACUCGGACGCGCGCGGGGCGUUCGCGCUGCGCACCUGGGGCCGCCAGCUCCGGCUCGUGGCCGCCGCCUCCUGGUUGCCCAACGUGGCCCUGGCGCUGGCGCUGAGCUCCGAGGUGCUGCUGUUCCCGGUGCCGCCCGCUCACCACUGCCGGCCCGACCCGGCGCUGCUGCCCCCGGAGCUGCGCGCCCUGGCCGGCCCGGCGCUGCUCAACGCCAGCCUCCCGCGCCUGCCGCCGCCCGCCAGCGACUGGAGCCCAUGCCUGCUGCUCCGCUACCCGGGCCCGGGCCCCGAGCCCAAUGGCACCGAACCCUGCACCCGCGGCUGGGACUUCGCGCGGCCCGCCGCCGGCCUGCUGCGCACCCCCAUCACCCAGUGGAAUCUCGUAUGUGGGGAUCGAUGGAAGGUGCCCCUGGAGCACAUGAGUUACCUUCUGGGCUGGUCGUUGGGCUGUGUGACCCUUGGCUCAGCCUGUGACCGGUUUGGCCGCCGAGCUGUCUUUGUGACCUCCCUGGCUCUGGCUGCAGUGCUGGGAAGUGGGGUGACCCUGGCGAUCAGCUACCCCAUGCUGCUGUCCCUGAGGCUGCUCUAUGGGGCCACCCUGGCCGGUGCCUUCCUCUCCCUCUACGUGGCCCGGCUGGAGCUUUGUGACCCCGACCAUCGCCUCCUGUUCUCCAUGGUGGCUGGCCUCUUCUUUGACGCUGGGGAGAUCCUGCUGCCAGGGCUGGCGGCCGUAUGUCAAGACUGGAGGCUCCUGCAGGGUCUGGUGACCCUCAUCCUGGGCCUGGUGCUGUUCUUCUGGGGAUUUCCUUCGAUGUUCCCAGAGUCUCCCCGAUGGCUGGUGGCCACUCAGCAGCCGGGCAGAGCCAAGGAGAUCCUGUGGCACUUGACAGGGGCCAACCUCAAGUCUGAGGACUCCACCCCCGAGAGUGCGACUCUGGCUGUAGAGUUAGAUGGGCUGUCUGAGGGGAAGGCCUUGCCCCAGUACCACUCCAUCUUUGAGGUCUUCAGCACUCAACUUAUCUGGAGAAACAUCCUCAUUCUGGCCUUCACCACCUUGCUGGGGAAUGGCAUCCAGUACAGCUUCACGCAGAACUUGGCCCCCUAUCUGCCCCACUUCUACCUGCCCUGUUUCUUGCUGACCGGGCUGGAGGCAGCCGCCAGCCUCCUGCUGAUUCUGAUGGCCCUGUGCUGUGGCCGCCGGGCUAGUCUGCUCCUGUGGACCGUCCUCACCAGCUUGGCCUCCCUGCUCCUUCUCUCCCUUGGCCAGUACCUGCCCAUCUGGAUGGUGGUGUUUCUCUCUGGACUGGGGCUCCUGGCCUCCCAGGCCAUGUCUGUGCUGAGCGUCUUCUUUGCCAGUGAGAUCCUCCCCACCACAAUCAGAGGAGCUGGGCUGGGCCUCAUCAUGGCAGCUGGUUUCCUGGGCCACGUGGCCACACCCAUCAUGAGCAUCUCCAAUACCCGAGGCUUCUUCCUCCACCAUGUGGUGUUUGCCUCUUUUGCGGUCCUUUCCAUGCUCUGCAUCCUGUUACUACCUGAGAGCCGGGCCCGGAACCUCCCCGAGUCCCUGGAGGAUGCUGAGGGCCAGCGGUCCUCCCCGCUCUUCCGGCCCUGCUGGCACCAGCCCCAGGACCACCACGUCCCACUGCUCCUGCCCUCCUGUAAGCAGACCCACUAUGGACAGCAGCAAUACUCCUGCCCGGUGGUCCCCUCCCAAAGGACUGGUGGCCUAUGGCAUCCGCCCACCAGGGCUCACCUAGCUAUAGAGUUCCAGGCCACACAGGAGUCAAGGCAUGCCGGAACUGCAGGAGGCCACCCACAGUAACUGCCCUGGGAAGGAAGGGCUUGGAAAACAGGAUGGUGCUUUGUUACUAUCGCCCUUAUGAUUACGGAGAGUGAUGAGUCUGGGGUAUUGCCCGUGGGCCCUGACUGUCUUCCUCAUCACCAGUUCACCUGUUUUCUGGAAGGGGAGGAAAGGAGGGCUCUGCAGGGCAGUCCCCUGGAAACUGCAAAGCUCCCGAGGGUAGGGCAGACUCCCAACUUACCUGGAACUCAAAUUCUGGACAAACUAAGCUUUCUCUAUGUAAGAGGCUGCUCUGGCCGCUCUCCAGUCACGCUGGGAAUUGCUUCUGAAGCCCUCAGCCUCAAGGAAUAGUUUUGUUUCUGGGGCAGAAUUCCUAACCUCCUGACUGGGUUCGAGGCGGCCCUGGCUUCUCUUUCCCCUCCGUACUUAAAAGCCCCGUGAGAACCACUCUGUCUUCUCUGUGCUUUCCACUGGAAAGACCCUCUGCAUCCUCUUUUCUUGGCUUCUCUCCGGAUCUUCCAGGACCCCGUUCCUUCCUUCUCUUCUUCCAGCGGUGUUUCAGAGGGCGGUCAGUGAGCAUAAACGUAGCUUCUGGCCCCCAGAAAGACCCUGCAGUUUUGUUUCAGAAGAUCCAGGGCCUUAUAUAGAAAUGUCUCUAAGGUGGUUUGUUUUUUUUUUUUAAUUCAAACUGCAUCAUGCAG